AUGGCACUCGCGGGCUCCCAACAGGCUUGUGCCUACGGUCCUGUGGCUAUACUUUUACUCGAGUAUGAAGCUGGCACGCACAGCGAGCUUGAUCUUGGAGUCACUUGGAGAGCCCCGGUGGAUUGGUCUCCUGCUCGGGGUCGGUUCUACACAAGCCGGUACUUGGCUGGCAGCGGGAAUGCAAGGGGAUCCAUCGUCAUUUCUUUUCGGGCAAAUGAUGGUCCUUCUGGGGACUGUUACUCUCCAGGUAUCGAGGCAGUCGAGUACGUCGACAUUAUGAUCCUCCAGAUGAUACCGUGGUAUGUUCGUUUGUAUGGCCACACGCUACAGGUUUCGUUGGAUGGCCGAAACGUGGAGUUUUGGUCCGUGGUUAGACUGAUGAGAUUCACACCAGCAGAAGAUCGCAAAGCUCCUGCUGCUGUGGAGAUUGCUCUGCGAGUUUCUAUUGCAACCCAGGCCGUAACUCUGACGAUCCAAUAUGACAAGGGAUUUCUUCACAUCGACGAGCAUCCUCCAGAUGCAAACCGUGGAUUUGAUCUGCCUUCCGCAGUUAUCACUUUCCCAAGGUGCCGUGUGUUCAAACAAUUCCAAAGUGAUGAUGUCGGUCACUCGCACAUUUUGGCUGUUGUUCAGAGCCAGCGUCCAAUGCAAAUAUAUAGCGAAGUUUCAUUGAUGCAACUGGCCACACCGGAUUUCAGCAUGCCGUACAACGUGAUCACCCUGACGUGCACAGUUCUUGCGCUGUACUUUGGCUCGCUGUUAAACGCUCUGAGGCGAAGGAUAGGCGAGGAAGAACGAGAAAGCAAAGAAGGGAAGAAGGCGGGGCUUCUGAGCCAAAAGCUCAAGUGGCUGAGAAACGAGAAGCACAUGAGAGUGAUCAAGGUGAUACUGGUGGUGAUAAUUGGUGUGGCUGUAAAUCACUACUUGAGCUCGUCAUGAUGGCACUCUGGGCUCUCGGAGAAAUCAUUCUGUCCAGACUCCUCUGGAGGUAUUUCGAGAGAACAAAAAAAUGUGAAAACUGGCGCUUGCAUUUUCCAUACACCUGACAGAAAGAGAAAAGCGAGGAGCUUUGGGACAGCUUCUCUUGUAGCUUCCGGGCGAUAAAAACUGCUCUUUGCUAGAUCCAUGGAGGAAGAUGUACAAGUUAAAAACUCUUUUCUUGGGUUGGAUACUUA